AUGCAAUGUAAUAAUCUCUCCUUUAGCGACCAAGGAGAGGAAGGCGUACUAGGAGUGGAGGACGGAAAGCCGUCAGACAAUGACCAAGCAGACACUGAAUCCUGUCAGAAGACACAUGCUGAUUCCCCUCUACUGAAUGUACCCAAGGUUGUCAGGUAAAUUCUCCACACGAGAACUCCUUUAAUAGAUCCUCAUUAUCCAUUGAAUGACAAUCUAAUUUCUCCCUUUAGAAUUGAUCCCAUGGAUCAUGUUAGUCUCUGCCUCUAUGGAGUAAAGUGUUAUUUGUGGUGGAUCAAAAGUGUUGCAAGGGAUGGUAGAGGAGGUUCAAUAACUGUUUGAGUUCCUGUUUCCUGAUCCAGUCUGUAUCUUACUCCACAGGGAAUCACACCUGACCGAUGGGGCUCCAGGUCAGGGUGCUGGUGAGACUUCACCCCUCCUCUGCAGGUGAGUCACUCCUCUGUAAUUUAGGCCAUGAACAUGUAGACCAUGUGUACCCCUUUAAAACAGAUCCUUAAAUUCUUAUCCAUGUAAUAAUCACCCUUAGAAGCCCAGGAGAGGAAGGUGUGCUAGAAGGGGAGGACAGGAAGCCAGCAGACAGUGGGGGAACAGACCCUGAAUCCUGUCAGAAGACACAUGCUGAACCCCCUGACAUCAGGUAAACUUCACUACAUCCAGUACUCAUUGGAUGAUAACCUCACCAACCCCAUCAUCCCUUGGUUCAUGUUAGCCUCUGUCUCUAUAGGGGACAGUGUUUUGGUGGAUAAUGAAUGUGAAUGUUGUCUUAUUUCUCCAACAGGGUUAAUGACAAGACUAAGGAACCGACUCCUAAUGCACAGAGUCCAGGACCUCCUCAGAUGAAUGGACGACAUCCCAUGUCUAACAGAGUAGCAGAGGAGACCACUGCUCUAUUGGACAAACAGGCCUUGGACAAGGACCAAGUCAGAAAACCUGAGUUAAUAGUAAGUACUGUUUAUGUCCUCUGCCAACUGAUAAAUUGUUUGGCUUGGUAUCUAAAAUAAUGGGUCUGGUUGUAUUUUUGCUCCAGUAUAUUUGUAACUCUUGUGUUUUUCCCAAGGACAAAGGACCUAAUGACAUGGAGUCAAGAAGAGGAGAACUGUAACAAGCGGUGGACGUUUGUAUAACAAAAGAGAACCUAAUAAGAUAUGAUAAAAUACAGUAAUAUAUGAUAUACAGUACAUAUUAUAAGAUACACAUAUGUGACUAGCUUCAUCAUAAUCAGUCAUAUCAACCCCAAGACACAUUCUGAACAGUGUGCUUUACUGAACAGUGAUUUUCAGAAACCUCAACAGUUUGUUAAGUUAAUUCUCUAUGCGACAGCUGUAAUCUGGAUAGGUUAGGAAACAUAUUCUAGUGAAAUCAGUUGAAAUUCAAAAACAGCCCAAUACUUUUAGAUAACUUAUCUAAAUUAUUAUGAUCUAAAUUAUUAUGAUCUAAAUGUUUAAUUACUAUUAUCUGAAAAUGAGUGAGUGCGACUUAUAACUGAUUAUGAUACAACACGUCACAUAUUAGCUAUACAACAUUAUAUAUAAAAUGAUAUGAAAGUAUGGUAAGAUCAUACAGUACUUACUAGUACUUACUAGUAUGAUAUACUAUACAUACAAGCAAUUAUAUGUAACAUACACAUGAAAAGAUUAUUAAAACAUGAACCUCUCUGGUAUAGACAUUUCCAAGGUCAUGAGGUCUCAAUGUCUUAUGGACAUGUCAAAGAGCUAAACAUUGACUAGUUGUUAUUUAGAGU